AUGUCUACGGUACUUCAGACCUCUGAGUCCUGGCCAGGACUUGAAGGCGUAAAGCGACUUUUCAUUUUUGGCGACUCCUACUGCUCCGUCUUCAAAACUCCAACAAACUUCUCUCAGGAAAUCAGCCCCAGCGCCGACAACCCAUUCUACACCCCCUACCCUGGUCGAACCUAUGCAGGGGAGGGGCAACCCAACUGGGUGGGACAUUUUAUCACAAAGUACGCACCAGGUCCACGGUACGACCCCUCGAAGAAAAGGCAGAGCAAAGACUAUAAGAAAGAUCCGCUUUUGGUGUAUAACUAUGCCAGUGGAGGCGACCGGGUCGCCGGUGUUGCGUACCAAGUCCAGAAGCUUUUCUUACCCCACGUGGGCGCCAAACCGCGCUGGGCACCUUGGGAUGAGCGGAAUAGCUUGUUUACGAUGUUUGUGGGCAUUAAUGACUGUGCAUCGUUUUUCUACCCAUCGGGGCUUCAGCAGUCGGAAGGACAACCCAACGUGGAUCCAGUUGCUGCACGGGUAGACCAAUUCAUGGAACUUCAGGAGGAACUGUACGCCGCUGGUGCUCGGAACUUUGUUUUCUUCGAUCUUCCUCCGAUUGACCAGUCUCCCGCACUAGGUCUGAUAACAGCUCCCACCGUUUAUGAAGUUGCAUCCUCUAAAGAUCUGGACCCAAACCACAUCAGUCCGUACCAGAAAUGGAAUCAGAUCCUCCUCGGGCGCCUCGAGACGUUCAAAUCCAGUCACCCCGACGCUACCGUCUUCCUCUUCUCGACACACCAGGUUUUCAGCGACCUCCUCCAGAACUUGGAGAAAUACGGUUUUCCAACGGAAGAUAGACAUCGCAAAGGCGGCUCGGUGUGGGUGGACCAUCUCCAUCCGACGAGCCGAGUACACGAUAUCAUUGCUCGUUCGUUGGCGGAAUUUUUGAACGGCGUUGGAGGCGUGGGAGGAAGGGAUGCAGAAGAGUCCUUGGAAAGUGAAAAAGUAAAGAAGGAGAGAAGUGGAGUGAGCAAGUUCUUUCGUUCGGCCUCGUUGAAGAUGGGUCUGGGCGGUAAGGACUCGUAG